AUGGUAUGUAUUGAUACUGAUUCUCCUGAUUUUUCUAGUUUUACCUCUCCAAGAUUGUUUUCUACCCAUUUGCCCCUUUUGUCUCUUCCAAAAUCUGUGGAAGACUUGGGCUGUAAGAUUAUUUACUUGUGUAGAAACACCAAAGACACUUUUAUUUCUUUUUAUCAUUUUACAAAUAGGUUAAGGCCUAAAGACAAAGGCGAAAAUUCACUUGAAGAUGCUUUUGAUAAGAAAGGCGAAAAUUCACUUGAAGAUGCUUUUGAUAAGUUUUGUAGAGGUCUGAGCUUUUAUGGGCCAUUUUGGGAUCAUGUUUUGGGAUGCAUGUGUGCAUACAAGAAGGUGCUUAUUGUAAUUGUACAGCUUGCAGAUUUAACUGGAGAGCUGAUGCGGUUGGCAAUUUGUCGAAUUUCAGAUGGUGAGCCUGAAUUUGCUGAGAAGAUACGUGGGUUUGUUCGUGAAAUCUACAGGCAGCUGUGUUGGGAUUCUAAUUGA